GAUGAAUGCUUUAAAUUUCGAUUUCUCCGCCAAAUCUUUCACAUCACCUCUGUUGUAAAGUGAAGGAAAGUAGUAGUAGUUGUUAGUUGCCUCUCCUUGCUUGCUUUUUCUCGGUCCUCACUCCUCAAGUCCUCUCUCGUGUUGUAGUCAUGUGAGUGACGUGUUUACCUUCCUCCUCUUAUUUGAAAUCGAUACUUUCCUUGUAAAUCUUAUGGACCAUUUCGUUUCAGCUCCACUUCCGUGCUUUGUUAGUACUACCUAGAAUUUGGAAAUCAUCUUCAAACCCUAGAGUUUGAGAUAUCUUCCUUUCUUUCUCUUCUUCUUCUCAGGUAAUGGCGACUUCGGCAUUUAAAUCGACGACGAAGCGAUCCCCAAUUGGAACUGCUGCUUCCAAUGCGGAUGAUGCGGGCUCUUCCAAUAGGAAUGCAACUCAUCAUCGCCGCUCCAGGAGCCUCAGCAGAUUCUCAGGGCGCUCCCAUGCGCUGGACUUGGAUGAGCUACCCCCGGCAGCAGCUGCAGCUGCAGCCAAGGCCAGAUUCGUGAACGCUGACAGGGGUUCAGGCUUCCCUGAAACCAUCAUCAGCCUCGACGACCUUGCUAAAGACUUCUUCUCUCCCCAUCUCAACCUAAAGGACGAGGACAGGGGCCUGGACGUCCUCAGAGGAAGCGAAAGGGGCCGACCACGAUCAUCAUCAGCCCGCCGCGCUUCUGCCAUAGGAGGCACUUGCUCCUCUGCGACUGCUACUACAACUUCUUGUAUGAAAGGCUCGUCUCAUUCUCAGGACUCGAGGCGCGGAAGGUCCGUUUCCAGGCAACACGCACGACCGGGUGAUGCCGCUAAUGCCUCCGCUUCCACUGCCAAACCUCUUUCCGACAGUAAAUCUAGUUCCAGGAGGAGGCGUUCCCUCUCUGUUGCGUGCUAUCAGUUUAGUGAUUCGGAGGGUGAUGUGGAUCCUUCACAUGUAUCUAGCAACCAUGCUAAGCUGAAGAAUUUCACUUGUGGAAAUCACAAGAGGACUUCAUCACAUAAGCCAACAGCUCCUGACCAGUGUCUGAAAAGAUCUCUUAGUCAGAAAGAUUUAUCAAAGUUAUACGAUGGCUACUCUAGCCACUCUUCUGCAUUAACUGAUGAUGAAGCAUGGAGUGCUUGUUCCAGUAAAAAAGGAUCUGAGAGGAGAAUAAAAACAGUUUAUGCACAGAAAAAGAUAGACCAUUCCUAUGGGGAUGGAGAAAGAACUGCAUUGUAUGAAGCCAUGCCAGAAGACCUCAGACAUAAGGUUGAAGAAAUCAGGAUUGAGCUUGAACAAGCCAUGAUGAAAGGGAGGCCCUCUGUUUUUGCGGAUGGUGAUUGCUUGCAGUCAAACAAUUCAGAUGUUCUUCAGGCUGUUGCCAUGAUCCGAAAGAAUUACACAUCAAAGUUGGAACAGUCAGAAAAGCGUAAACAGGAUUUGCUAGCUGAGAUAAUGGUUGAAGAACAACGUGGUUGUGAGAUUUCUAAGAUUGUUAGAGAAUUGCUUCCCGAUCCAGAAAAGGCUGCUAUUACAGAGAAGCCAUCACGUCCUAGAAAGAAGAGCAAUGAUAGAAGCAGGAUGUCCAAGUGCUUGAAUGAAGAGGCAGAGAAGUAUUUUGAAGACUUCAUUUCAAAUGUUGAAGAUACAGAUAUUUCAUCAUUCGAUGGAGAAAGGAGUGAUGCUAGUUCGACAUUAGGAGGAGCAACAAGGCCAAAGGACAUCAUGAUCUGUUGUGGGGAAACAGAAACUUUUGGGUUUUCAACAGGAUCUUCCCUUCCUGUUGAAAUGGACGGAGUUCUUCUUCCUUGGUUGAGGUGGGACGCUAGCAGUGACCACUCUCCUCUAUUAUGCAAGAGUAAGGAGAAAGCAACGACAGUGCAAAAUAAUGUUCAUGAUGCACCUCUGGAGGUCGGCAGAGGAUUUGCAUUACCCAGAAGCUGCCUGAGCCACUCUGCUGUUAGUGGACCAAGUGGAUCUUGGUUUGACAGAGAGGAGUACCUCCCUGACAGUGAAGAUCUCCUUAUUGAAUGUUGGAGGCUACGGCAGAGAAUAAAUUCAGGUGGGCUUAUUCUCUGCAGUAGAACUUAUCUUUAGUUCCAACCAUUUGUAUUCAUGUUCUUUUCUCUGCUUGAAUUAGUGAAAUUUUGUCUUUUGUAUAAAUCUCAUCCAAUAGACGGUCUUUUACGUAGCAACAUACAUGGGGACAUGGGGUGGUCAGUGGUGUACCUUUGUGGGAACUGAUUCUUAACUUCUGGCCAAGGAAUUCAAGUACAUUUAAAUUUGUGGCCUUGAAAAGUCACAAAUAAGAAGGUUUAAUUUCGGCCA